AUGACAAUUAAAUCGGAUUUAGAAUCAAAUAGAGUAGAAGAAUUAGAUAAUUUGCUAACUUUAAUAAAACCAAAAAUACUAGAUCAUAUUGCAAAAUCAGAUCCAAAUCAUGAAUUAUAUACUUCAAAUUCAUUAGGUAAAUAUAAUGAACCAAAUUAUUUAAAGUCAAUUUUUUUAAAAAAUGAUAAUAAUUUAGAAAAUCCAGUAUCUGAAGAAAAACUUGAAAAAAUUAUUGAUGAUGUAUUAGAAUAUUCUGUAAAUACUUGGAAUCCAGGAUUUUUAGAUAAAUUAUAUGCAUCAAAUAAUCCAAUAGGUAUUAUAUCAGAUAUUUUGUUGAGUGUAUUAAAUACAAAUUCUCAUGUAUAUACUGUAUCACCAGUAUUAUCAGUUUUAGAAAAUUAUAUUGGAAAAAAAUAUGCUUCAUUAUUUUUUAUAAAUGAUAAAGAUACAUGUGGUGGAUUAACAUUUAGUGGAGGUUCAUGGUCAAAUAUAACAAGUUUACAAAUUGCAAGAAGUUUAAAAUAUCCAGAAACUAAAAAUAAAGGUAAUCUGGGAUAUAAAUUUGCUAUAUAUACUAGUAAACAUUGUCAUUAUUCAGUUGUAAAAGGUGCUAUAUUAUUAGGAUUAGGAUCAGAUAAUGUAUUUAAAAUUAAUGUUGAUAAUGAUGGGAAAAUUAUAACUUCUGAAUUAGAAGAAACUAUUAAAAAAACAUUACAAGAUGGAUAUACUCCAUUAUAUAUAAAUGCUACUGCUGGUACUACUGUAUUUGGAUCUUAUGAUAAUUUUAAUGAAAUUUCACAAAUUGCAAAAAAAUAUAAUAUUUUUUUCCAUAUUGAUGGAUCAUGGGGUGGUAAUGUAAUAUUUUCACCUAAAUAUAAAGAUAGAUUAUCAGGUAGUGAAUUUGCAGAUUCAAUAACUGUAAAUCCUCAUAAAAUGUUGGGUAUACCAAAUACAUGUUCAUUUUUAUUAUUACCAAAAGUUUCAAAUUUUCAAACUAGUAUGAGUUUAAAAGCUCCUUAUUUAUUUCAUAAUAGAGAAGAUAAUGAUGAUUCAGAAAAUUAUGAUUUAGCUGAUGGUACAAUGGGUUGUGGUCGUAGAGCUGAUAGUUUUAAAUUUUAUUUAUCUUGGUUAUAUUAUGGUACUUCUGGAUUUGAAAAAAGAAUAAAUCAUGCUUUUCAAAUUCAACAAUAUUUUGUUUCUCAAAUUACAAAAGAUUUCAGGUUUGAAAUAGUUGGACCUAAUCCUCCUCAAUGUUUACAAGUUUGUUUUUACUAUAAACCUGAACAUGUAAAAACAAAAAAUAAUACUGAAAUUACAAGAUUUAUAUCGAGAAGAUUACAUCUGUUGGGGAAAUAUCUUGUUGAUUUUAGUCCUAAUCCUAAUGAUGAUUCACAAGGGGAAUUUUUUAGAGUUGUCUUUAAUUCUCCAAUUUUGACUGAUUUAACUGUUGAUGAUUUAAUUAGUAGUAUUAUUUCAGUUGGUGAAGAAUUUAAACAUUAA